UUGUUGUUUACGACCCAACAUGCGUUGCGAACUCUUGUUGUUUACGACCCAACGUGCGUUGCGAACGCUUGUUGUUUUGCAGUCAAACGGAAUCCGCUGUAUCUUAAACACAAACAUAUCAAAUAUUUAAACCACCCAAAUUGUCGAUAAUGUUUUGACUGUAGAAGCCUCUUGAAUAUGCAAAUGUUUGACUUGUUUGUUUUGAUGAUGCCAACCAAAUCUGGAUAAUUUGAGUGUUGAUAGUCGCAAGUUUCGAAACGAAAAGUUUUCAAACCAUCGGGUAGUCUAGUACAAUAUUUGUUGAGAUUUAAUAUUCCACAAAUUUACCGAAAUGGACGACAUAAAUACUUCGACCGGAGCAAGAGCCCUUUCGAAGGAGAAUGUUCCAGCAACAGAAUUUUCUUCGCAGUCCAAUAUAGUGGCAAAUAUGGAGGUGUCUGAUACAAAGGGUCGAUCAACUCUCAUAAAUCAGGACUCGCCCUCGGGAACACUAGAACGCGAUUCUAAGGAGGGCAGAAGGAAAAACUCGGCUGAAAUGGACAUGGACCCUGUAGAAAGUGGCGGGUUUCAAAGGUUUGAUAAUAUGCAAAUAGAGGAAAACAAUGGGGGUACAAAAACCAUGUAUCGUUUGCAGAAGAAGAAUAGUAGAUACUAUUUCCAACAUCCAUACUGUCGAGUGAUCAUUGCAUAUAUCAUUGUGUUCUUCAACUUCCUUAUAUUUGCCGAGGAUCCUGUAUCGCAUAGUCUUGUAGAAGCUGAACUGCCAGUGGUAGGCAAUGACGUCGGCUUUCUUAUAUUCAGAUACCCACCUGGAGGUUGGUCUGUGUUGAAGGUGUUUAUUCUUCUCUGUGGUAUUUUGGUCGGCAUGUUAAUUGGGAAGUUUAUCGUCCACAAACGUUUGUUACGAAAACUCCUCAAAUUGCGAAUGUUUCAAGACGAUCAAGGUUCCUGGAUGAUCAUGUUUUUAACAACAAUUAUUUCUCUGUUUAUAUUCUCCUACAUUUUUAACGGCUUUCUAAGUCUCGGCUCAGACUUGGAUCGAUAUAAAUUAUCAAGCUUCUUCGGCGUGUCUAAUGCAAAUUUCAUGAAAUUCGCUGCACUCGGAACAUGGACAGGCGAUUUUGUCACUGCUUGGAUGGUUACAGAUAUGAUGUUGCAAGAAAAAUUGUAUCCGACAUGGGCUGUUUAUCUACGAGCAAUUUGGAAACGAAAAUGGCAUCGUAUCAUUGCAUUUUGGGCAGUUUGGAUUCUGGCAACAAUUAUUGUCGCGACCGGUAUUACUACAGAUUUUAUAAAAUGGGAUGAUCUCAAUCGUGAUUUUGUCUCUACAAAUGAAUUGUCACGCGCCUUUCUCGCGUCAAUAAUUCUUGUCAUGGAUUUACUGAUCGUCAUGCAGGAUUGGGAUUUCCCUCACUUUCAAUCAGCUAUUGACAUUAAACUACCUGGUGUAAACACAUCGUCGAUUCACUUCACCCCACCGCGUUGCCUGAGAAAAGAAAAUUGGGCUGUGCAUGUCACUGGUAAAUGGUUCAACUAUGGGAUUAUAUUUAUUGUUAUGAUUCUUGAUUUGAACAUGUGGAAAAAUCAAAUCUUUUAUGAUCCUUUUACCUUUGGGCAAUACACCGAUUCAAACGGGUACAUAUACACUGUGUCUAACACAACGUUUGUGAAGUACGCGAAUGAAACAACUCUUUCUUACAAUUGGCGUUGGAAUAAUAUUAAUCCAUUGACCAACACAACCUAUGGUGCAGAUGACUUCAAAAUGAAUUCAAAAUAUUUGGAUUUUUCAUUGGGCGUGAAAGGUUUAGCUUUUGUUCCUUCCAUUGUCGCAUUUAUUGUGUUUGGCUUGCUCGUAUGGUUUUAUGGCCGCGACGAAGCAGUAACUGUCGUGCCAGAACGAAGUCAGGUUGAUGGAAUAGUGAUAGAUGAGUGGAAAUACGAAGAAAAAAAAGAGUCGGAUAAGGGCGAAGGAGGUGAUAAGGAGAAAGUUGAAACAAGCGAAGAUCACGCGGAAAAAAAGCCACGUCCAACCUCUGUUCCAAUGCCUGUUGAAGAGGACAGUAGUAAAAAUAGGCCUGUGCUCACCAAGUAUGAAACGAAAACGCUGCCGUAAUUGUCAGGAUCUAUAUGUAUUCACAGUAUAUUUAUGUAUGAAUGGUCACAUUAUUGAUUAUUUAGCAUGUAGAAUAAUAUUUGUUCAAAAUCUUUGUGCCAUAACAAAAGUAUUUAUUCAGUUUUUUAAAGAAUAAUUUGACGUAUUGAAAUUCAAUAUUCACGCACUUGCAUUUUGUGUGUACGCAUGCAUGUAUAUAUAUUUUCUAUUCAUUUAAAUUUAGUGAAAUAAGCACACGCAACUUCAGUCUUUAUAACAGUUGCCCCUCAACCACCUUAUACGCUACAAAAAUGCGGCUUAGCCUUGGCCAUACAUUUUUUCCGUUCUGAAACACGAAACAUGAAUGAUCAUAGUAGCAUUGUACUAUCUUAAAAAGAUUUUACUUAGUAGACUUUUAAAUGUGUGAUAAAUUUUUAAUAUUGCAUGUCGAAGCUGUUGUAUUAUAUGUUGAUAUUCA